CUGCUGACCAUUCUCACUUUUUUCGUCAUUCCGAACAAAGCAAUUGAACCAGAGAAAAUCAAUUAUUUCCUAGAGAAAACCGGACUUCAAAAGACCGAUUUCCACCUGAACGAGGCCAAAAAUGGCAACUAUCACAUUACGAAUUUGGAUGACAAAAGGGACCUCUUUGUCUUAUGGCGUAAAAUGUUACUGAAAAUCACCAACAAAUUCCAACCAAUUUUGCAUCACAUGAAUUGGAAAGAGGGUAAGGUACAGGAUUCCCAAAGGUUGGAUCAGUUUCCCUGUUCCCUCAACGAUACCCGGUCGCCAGUAAGGCCAGUGACGGUACAUCAAUUGCGCCCAGGUGAUAUUGAUGUUGUGGCAGCCAUUGGGGAUUCCUUGACGGCAGGGAAUGGAGCAAUGUCAGCCACAGCUUUGGGAGCCUACACCGAAUUUCGUGGCAUGUCAUUUAGCGGUGGUGGCAUGGAAAAUUGGUCCACCAUGUUGACCUUGCCGAAUAUUUUAAAGGUCUUCAAUCCCAGCCUCUAUGGUUAUGCCACAGAGAAUGUUUUGGCCCGGGAUAAGGGGGCUUAUUUGAAUGUGGCCGAACCCAUGACGCUGUCGCGAGAUCUAGUCUUUCAGGUGCAGGUUUUGAUACAAAGAAUGCGAAGGGAUUCCCGCAUCGAUAUGAAAAAUCAUUGGAAGUUGGUGACCAUUUUUGUGGGUAGCAAUGAUUUUUGCACGGAUAUGUGUCACCAUGACAAUAUGUUGCUGUUUCUCAAGAACCAUGAAGAAGAUCUCUACAAGGCCCUGACAGUGCUGCGCAAUAAUGUCCCACAUUUGGUGGUGAAUUUGAUACCAGCUCCCAAUAUGGUAUAUCUCCAACAGCAAAUGGAAAAUGUUCCUGGAUUUUGCAAAAUACCUCUCGGCUUCACCUGUUCGUGUCUGGUGAAUCGUUUUUAUAGCCCUGAAUAUUUGCAGAAGGCUUCGGAGCUGAUCACACACUGGCAAGCUAUUGAUGAGCAGGUGGCAUCAUUGGCAGAAUUUCAGACGGAUGACUUCGCGGUGCUCUAUCAUUCGUUUAUGGCCAAUAUGACAAUACCCAAGUUGCUGCAUGGCGGAACCGAUCUGCGUUACUUUGGCAAGGAUUGUGUCCACUUCAGUCAAUUUGGUCAUGCAGCGAUGGCAAAUUUACUGUGGAAUAAUAUGCUGCAGGAGAAUCGCCGGGGGGAUGUGGAGUUAAAGCCACCCUUUGAUCGAUUUGAAUGCCCAAAGGCCGAAAGGCCCUUUAUUGCGACAAUGAAAAAUAAAUAUUGA